UAUGAGGCUGCUGUUAUUUGAUCUGUUUUGGCAUCCUCUUGUUGCCAAGGGCAACCGUCCUCAGGUCAAGCUUGCGUGAAUGAACACUAGUCUGUGCUUGGCUGCUGCAGUACUGAGAACGCCCUGCAGGGGCUGAAGAGAAUAAAAGCUGCCACUUCCUGAGAUGAAAAACAGAUUUGAGCCCCUUAUCACAAACUAGGCACCAUGGGCUCUCUGGCGGCUGCAGUCAACCCUCUCCGCCUCUCGGCGCUCCCAGCAGCCCGGGUCGGUGGGGUGCUCCGAUCCGAAGCCUCCGCUGCUGUCUCGGUCAGAAGAAACGUGAACGUGCAGACGACUAGUGACGCGGGGAAGCUGAAGGGUCUCGAUGACCUGCCGGGACCCAGCGUAGCCACAACUCUGUACUGGCUGUUUGUCAAAGGAUACACGAACAAGAGCCACCUACUGCAGGGUGUACAGAAGAAUCUGUAUGGGCCCAUUUGGCGUUCCAGGUUUGGUUCACUGGAUAUUGUCAAUGUGGCGACCCCGGAGCUCAUCGCUCAGGUGAUCCAACAGGAGGGUCGCUAUCCGGUCCGAACUGAGCUGCUGCACUGGAAGGAGUACAGGGACCUGAGGGGACAGGCCUAUGGCCUGCAUGUGGAUACAGGACCAGAAUGGCACCGAAUCCGCUCUGGCCUGAACCCAAAGAUGCUGAAGCUGCAGGAAGUGAUGGCUUACGCCCCCAUCAUCCACCAGGUGGUGGGAGAUCUGCUACAACGCAUCGAGCUCCUUCGCAGUCGCAGCCAGGACCAGGCCACAGUUUCCAAUCUGGCGGCUGAGCUCUACAAGUUUGGCUUUGAGGGGAUCUCUGCCAUCUUGUUUGAGACCAGGCUGGGCUGCUUGCAGGAGGAGAUUCCCAAAGACACGGUGCGCUUCAUUGCCGCUGUUAACGACAUGCUGACGACAUCUGACCUGGUGAUGCUUUUCCCACGCUGGAGCCGCAGCAUCCUCCCCUACUGGAAGCGCUUUGUUCAGGCUUGGGAUGACCUGUAUGACGUAGCCCAGACCCUCAUCAACAGGAGAAUGGCUGAAAUCAAAGCCCAAGCGCGCAGCGGUGAGUCGGCAGAGGGCAUGUACCUGACUUCACUGCUGUCCUCUGACAAGCUGACCAUUAAGGAGGUUUACAUCACUGUCACUGAGGUGCUGCUGGGCGGAGUCGACACGACAUCCAACACCUUGUCGUGGACGUUGUACCAUUUAGCAAGGGACCCCGGGGCCCAGGAUCGACUGUACAAGGAGGUGAACUCGGUGUGUCCGGACAGACGGGAGCCGACCACAGACGACCUGAGCCAGAUGCCCUACCUGAAGGCCGUCAUAAAGGAAAUAUUACGCCUGUAUCCUGUCGUACCCGGAAACGGACGCCUUGUUUCAGAGAAUGAGGUGGUUGUGGACAACUACCGGUUCCCUAAGAAGACUCUGUUCCAUCUGUGUCACUACGCAGUCUGUCACGACCAGGCCCAGUUUGUCGACGCUGAGCGCUUCAUGCCGGAGCGCUGGCUCCGCCCUGGGGCGGCUGAAGACGGCUGUCACAGGCCCUCACCCAGUUUCUACAAGCACCACCCAUACAGCUUCAUCCCGUUUGGAGUUGGGGUGCGAGCCUGUGUGGGGAAGAGGGUGGCGGAGAUGGAGAUGUACUUCGCUCUGUCCAGGCUGAUGCAGCACUAUGAGGUCCAGCCUGAAGAUGGCACACCUACCGUGCAGCCCAAAACUCGGAUCCUUCUCAUCCCUUCAAAGCCCAUCAACCUGCGCUUCCUGCCCCGAGCCUGAGGACGGCCGGUGCAGGAGCAGUGAGGAUGUGCAGGUGCACGCUGCUCCCUCUGACUGUGAGGUGGAGAGUCAGCCUGACAUGACGCCAGGCAUGACAAGUGUUAAUAACUGCAGUCAAGCUUGUGCUUUCAUAUACGAUGAAUCCACCUCAAAACCUGGUUCAAAUCCAAGAGGAGGCUUUACUAUGGAGGAGCACAUCCGGAUUACACUGUGCUCAAAUCACUGCUACAACUGUAAACAUUUGGCUUUUAUUUGCACAAAUUCGCAAACAACGUGGUGCGUUAGCUGAGACUUUAAUGUCUUCAAGAUCCACAUUUAACCUUUACAUUAAAUACAGGACCAGGCGUCAGCUUUUGCAUUGGGUCUUUCUACGUUACGUUUCUCUGUUAACUCUAGCACAUUUGUACACUGUGAUUGCAAUCUUUGCUACCAAUGUAAACACAACUCUUUUCAAAUGUACUUUAACAUAUAAUACCUCUCUCACUGUUUUUAAAAUGCAUGCACAAAUAUAAAAAUAGGUUUUAAGUGUAUUUUUGAAGGAGCCUUCCUUCCAUACAGGAAAAGCGGCUCUACCUCUGUGUACAGGCUUCAACAUAAACACAGAGCUUCCAGUGACACAAUGAGCAGAUAUAGAAAUAAAAGACAUGGCCUAAGAGUCAGUUUGUGGUAAAUCAGUCAUGGAGGCAACACACUUAAGUACAUUUAAUAAAGUCAAUGAAACGUUCAGUGUCACGUGUGUGAAUGGUUCUUUUGCUCCAUAGACCUGCACGGUGAUAAAAUACGGCACGAUAACGUGGAAAAUCCACUUGUCAGUUAUUUCUGUGAAAAAGUAACUCCUGCUGCUCCAUCUGACUUUUCUGCUUAUUCUCUAGGUUUGUACAGAAACCAACACUAGUGGCCACAUUAACCCUGGGGUUAAUACCCACAACCGAGCGCACAUCCUCACAUUCUGUGAUUUUAUUGAAUGUGUUUAGAGACACACUGAAGCUCAGGCCCUGCACUGAGCUGUAGUGACGCCUGCUGGGCCCAGCUGGAGAUCCAGCCUGUUAGUGUGACUGACUUUCUCUUUCAGCUGUAGUAGAUAUGUAGUCUGGCGUUGGUGAGAGGGCUGAGUAGUGUCUUUGGAUGGAUGUGAACCCUGAAAUUAGCUAAACACAAAGACCUGAUGUUUUCUGGGAGUUUAGUGAAACAUAAAACACCUCAGUUGGUCUGACAAGAAACAGGGAAAGAAAAACAGACGACUCAGCAAUGUCACACCAAUAUAAACCCUCCACCUGCAGCCUUGUUCAAAACAUCUAACCAUUAUUUUGAAGGUUAACUAACUUCACUUCCUGUUUGCACGGGUACAGAUACCGUGUGUGACAGUACAAUGUAAUAUCACACAGUGUAGUACUGCGCAUAUAUACAACGUAACGAGAGGGAAGGACGAUCCAAAUGACAUGUAACGAAACCAACAUGCAUAAAAUCUUAAUCUGAAAAGGUACUAAAUGAAUAUUUUGCAACAAAAAGUGAAAAGCAUCCCUCUAAAGUACACCGAAGUAAAAGUGCAUGUGAAUACUCGCCUAAUUGUGCUUAAAUACAUUAACCUACUUGGACAAAGUAGCUCCAUAACUACAUGUUUCCCCCUAAGUUGCAUAUGCGUGAAUAUUCCUGGAGCACUGAGCAGAACCGGUUCUCGGUGUAUUUCACUCGUCAGCCUGUCGGAGCCGCUGCGGGUUUUUCCUCCGUGGUCCCUAAACGUGAUGCAGGCUGUGACGGAGGCCGCCUCCUGCUGCCGACGCACCGCGUUCAUGUGAGAGGCGCCGCAUCCUCCAUCCGUCCAGACCACAGACUGGUUCUACUCAUACUUCUGGUUUAUAACAGGCAUGUAACCCGCUUUCUUUUUUUAGGCCGGCGUACGUGUGCGUGCCCCCAUGGAGGAGCAGUGAGGCCGGAUCCACCGCCCUGCAGGCUGCCGGGGACAGGCGGAGCUCCACACCGACGGGAGGACACCCAGGUCGGCGGUGAAAGCUAUGGAAAUGUUCGGUGCUUCGGUGGCACGAGGCUCCUUUUGCCGUCACGUGAACGCGGACCAGGCGCGUCGACCUACCAGGGAUGAUGGUAACACUACACAGCUGGGCAGUGCCCCAUAGCCUCCCACCUGAUCGUGUCUCCUCUCCACCUCCUCUUCUCCUGCCUGCUCUCUGCUCCUGUCGGCCAUGAC